UAAUUAAUAAAAGUCUUGAGGUGAGAGUUCAUUCCCCCAAAACAAAAGUCUUUGGUCUAUGGUCUUUGGUUUGGGAGUAUAACUAUAAUUAAGUGGUAUACACUACUACACCAAUUACCAUAAAAGUCCCCGUGACAAAGGUCCACAACCGCGUGAAUGGUAGGGUCAAAAUCGUAAUUUCGUUAAAAUACCUUCGUCUCCGAUAGUUAGAAGAAUAGAAUCAGUGGGUUCCUUCCUUCUUUAUUUCAUCACAGAAUCAAAUUCGAAGCUUAAAACCAUCGAAGAGGGAUAACUUCCCUUCUCCUCUAUCCCUUUCUACGAUUACUACAAUGAUUUCUGUAUAUAAUACUAUGUAACCAGACGUAGAAGACGAAGAAGAAGACUGGAAUCGAGCCCUAUAGGUUUUUUGAUUUUGCCUAAACUGUGAUUAGAGAUAUUUUGAGGUAUCCGAUCUAAGCCAUGGGUGGAGAUGUGAGCGGCAGCGGAAGCAGAUGUAGCAGCAGUGGCAGCGGCAGCGGCAACGGCAAUAGCAACGGCGGCGGUGGUAGCAUGAUGAGACUGGGACAACUCACCUUCGCGGAGCCGCAGUACGUCGGGGCCAAGACUUCGGUGUGGUGGGAUAUAGAGAAUUGUCAGGUCCCUAAAAGUUGUGACCCUCACGCCAUAGCCCAGAACAUUAGUUCUGCCCUCGUCAAGAUUAAUUACUGUGGCCCCGUCUCCAUCUCCGCCUAUGGCGACACUCAUAACAUCCCCUCUUCUGUCCAGCAAGCCCUUUCUAGCACUGGCAUAGCCCUUAAUCAUGUUCCUGCCGGUGUGAAAGAUGCUAGUGAUAAGAAAAUCUUAGUGGAUAUGCUGUUUUGGGCCGUGGAUAAUCCGGCGCCUGCGAAUUACUUACUUAUUUCCGGAGAUAGGGAUUUUUCUAAUGCUCUUCAUCAGUUACGGAUGAGGAGGUAUAAUAUUCUUCUAGCACAGCCGCAAAAAGCUUCUGCUGCUCUCAUUGCUGCAGCCAAGAGUGUAUGGCUUUGGACGAGCCUCUCAUCUGGAGGAUCUCCACUUACCACUGGUGAAUCAUGUCAGCUUGUUAACGGGAGCCAAGUUAGCCAACCAUUUAAACCCGAGGCUUCUCAAUUCUCAGCGCCUGCUGAAAUGCACCAGACUAGUCAACCGAUGUGUUACCAAGGUUACCAAGAAACUCUACCAAUUCCAAACCAGAAGCCUUCCAACGUUGGAAGGGGUGUUGACCCAAAAACUAAGGGAAGAAACAACAAGAAAAAUCCAAGCCAGCCCACUGUAUCAAGAGCCUCAAGUGUGCCAACAAGCAUGCAUGAGAUUAAGAACAAUGACUACCCCUUUCAGCCAGAACAAUCGCAGGGAAAAAACUUUAAGAAAGCACCACAUGAAUACUUUGGUGGUGGUGGAGGCAGUAAUGGAAACCAUAAUAUAAGCAAUCCCCCAAAUCACUACCCUUCCCCAAGGAUGCCAAACUCAAACAAUCCCCAUAUGCAACCUCCCCCUUUCGGAUCCGAUAACCGGUUUCAUCCUAAUCCCCAUUUUCGGCCACCUCCUCCCAGGCCCGAUGGUCCUAGAUUUUCUUCCGCUCCUCCCAGGCCCGCUCCACUUAAUGUGCCUGAUAUUGGUAAGUUAGGUAUCAAUCAGAACAACAUUUAUGCACAGAAUCCACCUAAUGUCCAAAAUCGAACUGGAGAAGACUUUAAACCUUCCUCUACUGAGUCACAGAAUCCAAAUAGUUUUAAUGCACCUCAGAAGGGCCAUAAUUUCCAAAGUGGCCAAGCGUUUCAUCAUGAUGCAAUGAACAAUAGGUAUCCUCGCAGCUCUGAAUUUUCACCUUCCCCAGCUCCAUUUGGUGCAAAAAAUGUUGCUAAUAAUGGUGUUUGGGGAACUCAAGGAUGUGCGCCACCUUCAGAAUAUGUUCAAGGUCUUAUUGGCGUUAUUUUACUUGCCCUGAAUAGUUUGAAACUCGAGAAAAUUAUGCCUACUGAAGUAAACAUUACUGAUUGCAUUCGAUUUGGGGAUCCAAAACACCGCAAUACUGAUGUAAGGAAGGCUUUGGACUGUGCAAUAGAACAACAUAUGGUAGUGAAGCAGAACUUAGGUGCUGUGCAGUUGUAUGUUGGCAAAAAUGAGAAAUUAUGGAAGUGUGUAAAUACUAUAGGGGGAAAUCUUAAUCUUUACCCUAAAACCACAUGGGAUCGGAUACAGAAGUUUAUAACAUCCUCAAGUGGACGUUCUGCCGUACUGGCUUCUCAAUGCAAAUAUGAAGCAGCUUUAAUUCUUAGAAAAUCAUGCUUGGAAGAGCUUUCCUUGGGCGAAUCACUCCAGGUCUUGAAUUUGAUAAUUGGUGUGAAAAAAUGGAUUAAUCAUCACCAUUCAGGAUGGCAACCUAUUAUAAUUACCCUUGCAGAGACUAAAUCUGAUAUAGCUACAGAAGUUGAUGCUUGAUUAAAUCAAGAGCUUAUUUUAAUGAUGAUGAAAUGGUUUUAAUCUAGCUACAGCUGCAGGAGCAUUUUCUUUUUAUUUUGACCUCAAGAACUAUGGGUUGCCUUUGAAUGAACUAAAACUGUUGCAAAUAUCAGGAAAGUUUACUAGGAAGGCAACUAUUAGAUCGUGAAUCAAGUAAGUUGAAGUACGAUUUAUCUGUGUAGUUUUAGUAUUAGUUUUUUCCUUUUUUAUUUGCAAAGUUAGCUGUAGGGGAGAUCUAUAGAAAUAGAACCCUGUGGUGGUGGUCGCCUACUGCAAUCAAUCUCAGUUCUCUGUUGCAGUUAUGAGGCUACCUAUUUUAGAUAGUAUUACCUGCAUUUGAGGCUUUUAACCGUUCCCAAGUUUAAGCGGUCGAAUCCUUUGACCUAAAGCCUCUUAAGCAGUAGAGUAUAUACAAGGACUGGUGUCAUUCAAAAGAUACGAUAUUUGUUUCAACUCAACAUGUCUUGGCAGCUGUGCUGAGGAGAGGACAUGUUCUGUUUACGUUUGAAAAAGAAAGAAGAGGUUCCAUGACUGCAUUGUUCUACAUGGAAUGAAGUUUGGGGACCCUUAUGAACCCCAAAAGUAGAGGCGUUACGUUCCGAGUAUUUUCAGGGAAGAUUUAUACAAGUGAAGUCUGAUAGCUGCUGCAAUUACAUUGGCUGGCAGGCAUAUGAUUUCUAUUUUGGAAAUGUUUUGUAACAAAAGCAAAAUCUUCUUUUGAUCUGAGAAAAGAGGACAAUAUGCAAGGGAGAUCACUGUUUCCUUACUUGAAUGUCAUUCUAACCUUUCAACUGUGCAUAAAUUGAUUGGUGAAUGAGAUGCACGUUGGUUGGACCUGCAGCUAUCUAUGGAUAAUAAUUAGUAUAUACUUAUGUUGUUUAAGCGUUUUCUGCCCUUUUAUUUGGUGUCUGUAAGAUUCUGUCUUUUGGAUUGUGCAAUUUUUUUGUUUGGUUCAUUAUAAACAGCAAUAAUAAGAACUUAUUUACCUUUAUAAAA